CCCAUAAUGUAUAUUUUACUACUAGACCCAUAAUGUAUAUUGUUGUGGACUCAUUUCAUGACCAACAAUGUGUUUGAUGCCCUUACCACAUGUUUUAGAAACCUUUAGAACCUUUAGAACCUUUAGAACCAAAAGCUUUAGAUGUGUAACAAUCUCUUUCUCUCCCAAUCCGGCUCCACCCAUUCCACACUCAUCAUUACCAGUCUACUGAUUACUGCUUUAAUCCACUUCAUCUCCCACACCUGAUGCACUUCCUUAUUGAAACCCUCCUGUUUUGCCAUUUGUUGUGAAAUCUUUUGGGUUACAUAAUAUGACGGAUAUUUAAUUAUGCCUGUAAAGUUUCCUUCCAGACUAAGAGACUGAUGACGUGGAUAGACAGAGCCAAAAAGGUGUCACCAUGAUGGAAUGGCCAAUGAGGGAAUGGCCCGGUGGAUGGAAGGGCCAAUGAGGGAAUGGCCCGGUGGAUGGAAGGGCCAAUGAGGGAAUGGCCUGGUGGAGCGUAAGCUGUGUUAUCUUGUUAUAUUCUGCUCCUUUCCUGUUCACUCGGACACUGAAUAUCUUGUUUAUGCCCAACAGCACGACUUUAUUCAACUUUGACACAUGCACACAUUUAAUGUUCUCAUUCAGUCGGUGCAAAACCCUACUGAGUCUGUGUACACAUGUACACUAAAACAAUAGCUGCUGCAACAUAGCUGAUGCUCCACUGGAAUUAAAUGAGCUGACUACAAAAGCCUUCCUGGCAUAAUAGGCGAUUGAAACAUAAUAACAGCGCAAUCAGAAUACCAGCAUCAUGUUCCUCAUUUAAUACACUAAUAUGAAAGAGUUUCCAACGUAGAUCUAGAAGAGAAUAUUUAGGAGAUGCACCUUUCAUUUGGUUAUGGUUAUGGAAUUUAGCAGACAAUUUUGUCCAAAGCACUCAUCAGAGGAGCGCAGUGGAUGAUGGGCUCUAUGCAUGACUCCAUUUUGGAUUUGCUUCCUACUGGGCAAUCAUCUUCCUGUUUACGCUGUACACAGUAGGCUAUGACAGAAAAUGAUAGAUUACCGGCCUGUCAGUUUUAAUAUAGUAGGCUGUUGCUAGUUGAACAACUUAGCUAAAGUUAUCUACUGUAACCAGUUCAGUAACAUAGUUGCUUGAUUAAGGUUAAGAAUAUUUUAAACCUUUUUCCCGUUUGCUGGAUGAAGUGGCACACAACAUUCCUGAAGACAAUGACUAUAGAAAAAAUCCAUAUUUGCCAAUGUUUUAUUGUAAGCAGGAACUUGAUAUGCCAGUAUAAGCGAAUCCAAAAUGGAGUUGUGCAUAGAGCCUAUUGGGGAUGUAGAACUGGAUCAUUGAAUUCAAGUAGCAGGAAGCAGAUCCAGUAAGUGUCCUACAGGCCGGAGUGAGGGAUUUCAAUGUAAUGUUGGCUGCUAUAGGAAGCCACUAAGAGAGGAGUUACAUGUGUCCUCUUUGGUAGAUUAAAGAACAGGUGUGCUGUUAUAUUCUGAAUCAACUGUUUGUUUUCUUAGAAUGGUAAUGUCUAGGUUUGUGUGUUUCUUUUGUGCCCUGUAAGCUCUUGUAAAUCUACAUGUAAAGCAUGUUGUAUGUUUAAAAUGUGCUACACAAAUUAGCCUAUUUGCAUGAUCCGGCCUUUCUUUUGCAUCCAGUUAUGGAGGUAGGAUACACAAAUGUUCAUUUACCAGUAAAAUCUGUAGGAGCAAGACGGGACACAGAUGCAGUGGGAGAAGUAGAACGAGGAGAAAGAGUCUCAUCUGUUUUGAAGGGAGAAAAGCAUCUCAUUGUUCACUUGAGGAAGAGCAACGGUACAGCAGUUUGCACGACUCCAGAGAAAAUGUCUGUCCUCAAGGGAGGUUUACUUCUGUUGCAGAUGUUUCUACAUACCCCUCGAGCAGCUGCAUCUGCUGAAGAGAGUGAUCCUUGUCACAACCACACUGUGCUGAAUGAAGCCUGGAGAGCCACCACCAACCUGGACCAAUCAGAUAACAAGUGCGACCGGAGCGUCAAAUGGCUGGGCUGGUACCGGAUGUUCUACCUGGGGAUGAGCGUCCAGAUUCCUGAGGUGUGUGUGCCUACACAGCGUUGUGGCACCGACGCACCUCUCUGGCUGGACGGUCCUCACCCCAGCCUAGAAGAUGGCAUCGUGACCAGGAGCGUCUGUGGACACUGGAGCAAAAACUGCUGCCAUUUCAAAUCAUCAUCGAUCCAGGUGAAAACGUGUCCAGGAAACUACUCCGUUUACGAACUAGUGGCGCCCUCUGGCUGCUCUCUGGCAUACUGUGCAGACGUCUCUUCAACAACUGCUCCAACCGACCAGCUUCCAACCACUCCAAAGCCCAGGACACUUUUUCAGCAGAGGUUGAGGCUCAGUAUGGUCCUCCAGAGAGACCUGUCCCCUACUGAGAUGAACCAGAUGCCCUCUCAGGUGCGUAUGGGUGUGCUGUGCCCUACUGAGAUGAACCAGUUGCCCUCUCAGGUGCGUAUGGGUGUGCUGUGCCCUACUGAGAUGAACCAGUUGAUCAAUGCUGGCCAAUGCGUCCUCCCCAAUAAUCAUGUCAUCAUGAUGGAUGAAGCUGUCAUAGAGCAUGAUGAAGAAAGGGGCUCAACCCGUCAAAAGUUUCACCCCUGCUUGGGAUCAGGGGGAAGCUGAUUCAGAUGGGCUACCCGAGUGACCUCACAGUCAAGAUGUUGUGAUUUCAGAACACCAGGGAUUCAGGGAAGGAAGAAGCCUCUUAUAGACCAUGGAUAGACCACGGUUCACUUUACCAUAUGUGGUGACAUUCACUAUUCAUUAAGUGUGUGUGUGUGUGUGUGUGUGUGUGUGUGUGUACAUUCACUAUUCAUUAAGGGCCAUGUUUUACUGGUGUAAGAAUGCUUACUAAUUCCAAAUCUUGAGGUUGAAAAUACACAUUUGUGGAGAAAUCUCUGUGUGACACAUACAGUAACUAGUAUAUCUGAAUAGAAUCAUUUAAAAUCUUCUUCAGAGAGAAUUGUCAAGUGAAGCCAUCUAUUUUCUGUUAAAGAUGUCGUAAAUGUAAAUCAGGUUUAUAGGCCAAGUAUACUUGCGUACAAGGAAUUUGGUCUCUGCAUUUAUCCCAUCCGUGAA